AUGCCGAGUGAAACGUUGGCCCGGUGUUCGUCGACAGGGAGCAGCAACAACGACGAAAGUCGCAGUACUUCGUCCUUGAGCACUACGACCGAAGAACUCUUUCGUAUCUGGCAGACCAAGUGUCGCAGCCGCAACAAUGAGGAUCGUUUGCGGAAGGAAGCCUGUUCUUUCUUUCGAUCUCUCUGUACCCACACGACCGUCGAGACGCCCUUGCAGCAAAAACUGACGACUCGGGCCAGUCACGAAGAAGCACUGGCUGUUCUCAUUCGUGAGUUGGGCCCGGUGCUUCAAGAGACCACGCCGCGUAUUGUAGCCUUGCAUUGCCUACUCGGCGCCUUGGAAGGAUGCGCCGAAGCGGGGUUGUCGUCCAACCUGACGCAGCUGCUCGGAAAUUUCUUACUGACGUAUUGUGGACCCAUUGUGCUAGAUGAAGCAGGCAUUCGGGAAGACAUGGACGAGGACUACGAAGAGCAGGUUCGAGAUAUAGCGAUCCAGAGUCUUACUGUUCUUAUUGAGAGCGUACCAAGUGAUGUGGCGGCGACGACGGAACAAGUGGUUUCGCAACGGCUGGCGUUGGCCCGUGCGGGUGUGGAACGACGGUGCGCAGCGCCCGAACUCGAAGCUGUUAUAGACGGCGCCAGCGAUCACAAUAGAAGCGAUACUCCUCCAGCCGCCAGUCGUGUCGCCUCUGGCUUAUCAACAUUGCCUCGAUCACGGCGGUCGUAUUGUUUCGGGCUUUUGCAAUCCGCCGUAGAUAGUGUUGGUGUCAUUAUCUUGUCUUGUUCCAUCGCAAUAGGCGAAAACGAAAAUGUCCAAGACGAUUUGAUAAAAUUCGCACAAUUUACUGCGAUAUGUUUGCACGGAGAAUCAGACCCCCGGUGUUUGAUGCAACUGCUGGUCUUGCUGGGACGCGUCCAGCGAGCAUGGUAUCCUGUAUUGAAAGAUUCCGAGUUUCCGGUGGACGAUUUUUUUGACGCCGUUGCUCCCUACUAUCCGAUACAGUUCACGCCACCACCCAAUAAUCCCCACGGUAUAACACGGGAAGGAUUGAGUCGCGCCAUUUUGGAGGUGCUGACUUUUGUUGGCUACGACAAAGUGGCACGUGACUUGCGGAAGGAUCCAUUGAUAGGCUUGAGUCUAGGUAUCGUUCUCGAGCGUAUUGUUCCACCAGCGGAAGACGGCCCAGCCAAUUGUGCCGAUCAGCUACUUGGUAUAAAGGAUUUGUCUGUCCUACUAUUCGGAUCGUCUCCUUCGGUCACCUCUUCGUUCUCUCGGUUGGAGCUUUUGGAUUCGGUAGCCCUGAUGCAUCUCUCGGAUACAAUGCUGACGAUACAUGAUGAAGCAUCGAUGGCGGUCGUCAAAGGUGGAGCGGAAGAAGGUGUCGCCAAAGAUUUGGCCGUUGAGACAAGGAAAAUGAUUUCUCAAAUCGGUUUGGCAUGCGAGCGAGCAAAUAGCAAUUUUGCCUGGGAUACGUUCGUCGCCCAGCCGCUUCAGAGCUUGUCAUCCAAGAUGGUGUCAGAACCUUCAUCGAGUCGGACAGCAAUCGCCUACAUGGCGUGCCUUUGUUCUUGUGGUGGACCCAAAACACUGAGACGUAGCUUGGAAACUGGACUGUCUCCUUUGUUGGAGAACCUACUAGGUGGACUUCAGGACGAUCGGGACGAGGCAACAGCCAUUUACGGGGUCGGGUUGGAAAGCGCAAAGAAAGAUGGAGUUUUAGUUCAUCCCCAUCCGUUACAGCCAUACUCUACCAAUGCCGUCGACAAACUGUGUUGCAUUCUCGGUAAUGGACGAUCAGACGACUCGAAUGGCGUGCGACCAACCUCCAUUUGUGUCGCUGCAAUUCGUGCCUUGGAUUCAGUGUUGGUAGCAGCACCGGCUGAAUUGCUGGGAAAAGAGGCAGUACAGAAACUCGCUCUUGUCAUUACAGCUGUUGCGAGCGAGCUGAUAAAAUGUGGCACCUCCACACAUACGUCGAUCGAACCAAACGAACACGAAUGGCUCGCGGCGUGCUGUCGAACAGUUGGUGCGUUUGUCGGGAAGACGUUGAAUAUAACCGACGAAGAGGAAGCCGCAAAUCUACCUAUUUCAGUUCUUCAGGUUGCACCCCUUAACAUCUUGCUCAAAACCGAAAUUCUUCCAUCACUUGUGUCGGCAUCGCAGCAGAACCGAGCCGACAUCAAAGCUACUAGGUAUGACAGGAACACCUUGGCGAUUGCGUGCACAUUUGGGCAGCAUGCUGCCGCUUCUAUCGUUCAAAUACUUCUUAGAAUGCUUAAUGAUGAGCUGAAGCAAGGUUCGUCAUGUACUCUCUUCGACGUUAUUGAAACUCUUUCAACCGUUGGGGCCGAAACGAACGAAGACGAUGGCAUCGAAGCCCGCUUUCGAACAAGCAUGCUAGAGCUACCGCCCACGAACGAAGACUCUGCGCGAAUAGCUACCAUCAUUUGUCAGGCAUAUGAUAUCAUCCCUCUUCUUUUGCCUUCGUAUCAAUCAUUGGUCUCAGCUAAGCACUUGGAGCGACUGGUUUCGCUUGUGUCGCCAUGUCUUCCCCCCCUCACACAAAUUGAUGCAGUCAAGGUGUCGCUUGUGCUGCCGUUUCUUGCCACGUCACUGCAGCAUUCGUCAAGUGGUUUGGUAAGCUCUGAUUUAGGUAUACAAAUUGGUCAAGCACUGGAACAAAUCGUUGCCUACCUUUGUGAUUUUACGUUGGACCCUGAGUAUGAUCACGAGGCUCGGUCAUAUGCAGCUGCCUGCCUUCAGAUAUCGAUAUCACGCUUCAUUCCUCGGAAUUCUAAUCCUUGUCGUGUUGAAUUGAUUCUAAAAAAGCAGAUUAUUCCGCUGAUAUCAAAGUCAAUCAACCGCACAUCUGGGCUCUCCGAACGCUUGGUAUACCAGUGUGAAGCUGAAGCUUUGACUUUAUCAGAGUUGUUGUCGUUCUUGGGAGUGUUGGCUUCAGCAGCGGCAUGUUGUGGUGCUUGUACCAAAAAGUCGGGCGCUCCUUUCAGCUCUGUGCCUGGGUUUUUGCUUGAUGUCACUGUCUUCGAUCGAGCGAAUCCUGCGUAUUCAAACGAUCUAGCCAUAGAGGCGGCUUCGGCGCUCGGUUCAGUCUUGUCCGUCACCAGGCGAAGCACAAUCUGGAAACAGCGUUUAUCAUAUUUGUCAGCAAAGCGUUUGGAGGACAUCUUAAGUAGCAAUGAGCGCAUUAGCCCUGGAGGAGUUGCUUCGGCUUGCUACAUCAUUUGCUCAAGCAACAUCAAGAUGCUGAGUAGAAUAUCGCGCGAGCAGUUGAUAGCAGUGGUGUCCUAUGGUCUUUCCUCAAAAGCUGCUACAGAAGAGGAAACCUCCAGUGUAUCAAAUCGUCUCAAAAUAAAAAAACUUGUUCUUGCUGCCUAUAAUGCGCUUAUACGCUACGAGCCUUGGCUUAACCUCUGA